UAAUGUGCUUGCCAUGGCCAUUACUAUUCACCUGUUCUCUUAGUCGUUCCGCUAGCCAGUUUGAACUCCGCCGUCACGAGUGGUCCGUGUUUUUUUUAUUUGGCAGAACAAGUUGUCGUCGGUGUGCCUUGGCGCCAAUUUCGAAACUGCAUCUUAGUUGUAGUCCUCGUUGGCUUCCUUCCCAGUUCCCGUUCGCAUUUCCUUUCGCUUUCCCGCCGCGCGCCCCUGCCCCACAGUUGAGUCUUAUUGGCCGAGGCCCCGAUGGCAGCUAGCAAAUACAGUUCCAGUUCCGCCAAGCAGACCACACAUUUCGAGGCGACAUGUGCGAAGAUCUCCGCGUUCUACUUUGACCUGGACAAUACGCUGAUCCCUACGCGGGCCGGCGACCUAAAGGCCAUCCGCAAGCUCGGUGACGUUCUGGAGGCGCAGUAUCAGUUUAGCAAGGAUGACGCCAGCCUGUCCACGCAAAACUUUCUCAAGUCCUUUCGCCGGUGUCCGGAUAACUCGCAGACAUCGCUGGACUCGUGGCGGACGCACUUGUGGCGCGAAUCGCUGCCGCCGCGACACAAGCACCUUGCCGAGCAGAUAUAUCCGCAGUGGCUGCGCUUACGCUAUCGUUAUCUGGCGGUUCCUGCCGACUAUGUCCAGCUGCUAGUGCGUAUGCGCCAGGCGGGCUAUGUUCUGGCCCUCAUCACUAACGGGCCCUCGAAUGCGCAGUGGGAAAAAGUGGCUAAGCUACACGUGCGCGGCUAUUUUGACUGCGUGUUGGUGUCCUCCGAUCUGCCUUGGGAGAAGCCCCAUCCGGAGAUCUUCUAUGCCGCCUGCAAUUUCCUCAACGUGAAGCCGCACCAGUGUGCCAUGAUUGGCGACAAACUGGAAACGGACAUCAAGGGAGGCCACCUGGCCCAGCUGGGCCUCACCUUCUGGACGCCACUGAGCAGCAGCAGCUCGGUCGCCCAGUCGCUGGAGGAUGUGGAGUAUAAGCCGCACAUCAAGCUGGGUAACCUUCUGGAGAUGUACAAGUACUUCCCGCGGCUUAAUGCUGUCGCUACGCCCGACACUCCGUCCACAUCUCGACGUCGUGGCAGCCACAUGAGCAGCAGCGUCGUCAGUGGGAGCAGCGGCAACGGGAGCGGGAGCAGCGGCAACGGGUGUACCAGUUCCACCGCCAGCUGUGAACCGGCAGCCACUUCACGUGGAUACCAGCACCAGCAACAGCGACAGUGGGUCUAUCGUCGUGGCGUCUCGCUGCCCGCCAUGGAUUGCUCCAACAGCGAGGCGGAGAACAGUUGCGACAGCUUCCUCUAGACAGAGAAGAGAGCAGGACCUCAAAAGAUGAAGAGGAGGAUUAUGAAAUUGAUACAAAAAUAAUGUACCUUCAGUUUACAAAACUAUAGCUAAAACAGAACAGAGGCGAGGAGACGAGAUAAGGAAGAAAUCGAAUGGAACGAGUAAGAACUACGGACAUAGGGACAUCCGGGAGCCUACACACAUAGAGACACAUACAUACGGUAAAUGUCGAUAUCUGCCAUUAUUACACUAAAAAUAAGGCUAGAGAACAUUGCAGAGGAAAUCCAGGCGAAGACAGCAAGAGACACAAACAUAAACCAAAUGUAUUUUUCUAAGCGACUUUUCUCUCACUUUUUUUGUAAAUUGAUAGCCAAUGCAACAAAAAGCAAAUCUAAAGUUAAACAAAUGAUAAACGAUGAAAGGAUGAUCAAUGAUAAAUGAUAAAUGAUAAAUCAGAGAACAUCACAUCACAAGGAAAUUUUUGGAAGACGAAACGAAUCACUAACGAAUCUGUAGCACACGCAUUAGGGAUGUCGGGGAAUAUCGAUGUCAACAGCCGGAUAUAGCAACAAUAUAGCGAACAGAGAAACAAACAAUUCAAAAUGCAUUCUUGGGAUAUUUUUUUAUUUUAUCGAUAUUUUUACGUUAAAUGCAAUAUUAUUUAUAUAUAUAUAUAUAAAUUCGAUUAAUAGAUAUUCUAAUUGAUAGAUCGCACAAAUAUAAAUGAAAGGGGGUAACAAAAUUAAAAUUUUAUGUAAUUUUUCGAUAAUAUCGUUAAAUGCUAUAUUUUUCGAUAUUUCAAUUUUAAUUUAUCAAAGAUUUCGAUUGUUUAAAUAUGAUUUUGAGUGCGAUAUACUUAUCGAUAGACAAUUUCCAUAUUUUCCCCGCGAUGGGCGUCCCUAAUACAUACAUAGCAGUGAGAUGGAUGUACGUGAAAUGUUAACUAUUGUCUUAGUCGUAGCCUUUAGCUGGUACCGUUUUUUAAGCCGCCAACUCGAAGCCAAGCCGGAGAGGAGCUCUCUUUCGGCACCACCACACAUUCAGAGGUGCGAGUCUCUGUUGGCAUAUUGUUAUUUGCAAAUGCACUCGAUCCCAUGUCCCAUCCAUUUCCUGAUCCUUUUCCCAAUCCCAAGCUUACCUGAUGUUGAUAAUAAAAAUGGUACACAUAUGUAUAAGCAUGCCUAUAGGAGCUGCACCACUGUUGAUCAUGGAUAUUGAAUAAUAAAUUACACAACGCUUA